GGUUAAUAAUCCCAGUACAAAAUCGUGCCAGUGUUAGUUUAAACGUCUGGCAGCCCCGCAUCUGGAGCGGGUAUAAAAGGUGCGAGAUCCACAGCCACAGUCAGUCCCGCCGCCACAGUAGGAGUUACAGGUUGUGUUCUGCCACCUUGUGAAGACUUGUGACAACGAUGGGUUCCCUGACCUUCACCUCCGCCCUCCUCCUGCUGGUGCUUGUGGCUUGUGGCCCUCUAGUGUCCGCUAAACGGCCAGGAAUUGGUCAAUGCUCGGACAUCUGUACAGCUGACUACGCCCCGGUGUGUGGUACGGACGGGAAGACUUACAGCAACGCCUGUCACCUGGAAAGCGUUGCAUGCAAGGAUCCUGACCUCGAGCUCUCAGUCGCUUAUGACGGACAUUGUCGCUCAGUAACUGACUGCAGGGACGCCUGCCCAUUUAACUACAAACCUGUGUGUGGCACGGACGGGAAGACUUACAGUAACGCCUGUGCCCUGGGAUUCGAAGCCUGCAAGAACCAUCGCCUGGAUCUUGAAUUUGAUUAUGACGGAGAAUGUCGUUUGAUUCAGACCAGCAACUGAUGAAGACUUCGUGAGAUCGUCCUGCCAUUUCCGGCAGUGAUCGGAGAAGACUUAUAGAUUUACCACCAUUGUGAAAGCUUUGGUCUCAUCACCUCAGUAGCCGUCCACCUCACCUCGGCGCUGGCACGCCGUGUACCACGUUGUAAACUGUACUACUAAUCUGAGUCUCAUUAAAUAUGUUAAUAAAACUGGAAUAUUGAGCAUUUUUUAACUGCGUCCGGAGCUUACAUUUGUUUUGUUCUCGCGUUCACUGCGUUUAUCAUUAUUUUUUUUUCAGUUUCGGCCCAUUAUUUAUUUAAUUUGCUACUUUGCCAUGUACAAUUAAACAAAAAUCUCACUUA